AUGGCGCAUUCUAGUGAAGUGGCAAUGUCAGAACUAUCAUGGCAGAUACUGGAAGAAGAGAAGAAAGUCCCAGAGAGAUGGUGGCUAGGGGCUGGUGGUGGGGGCUCGUGGGGGCUCGUGGGGGCCGUGGCACUGGCCAGAGUGGCCAGGCAACCCUUGGUACUGUUGCUGCCAGUGAGGAUGGAAAGCACUUCAGUGGACACGCGCCCCACUGUCAGACCAUGGAAUGAUGUGGCCCACAGGCGGCUCUCAGCUUUUGGAGAGUACGUGGCUGAUAUCCUGCCCAAAUAUGUCCAACAAGUUCAGGCGUCCUGCUUCAAUGAGUUAGAGAUCUGUAUCCAUCGAGGGAUCAUCCCAGUGCUGACUUUCCUCAGGGAUCACACCAACGCACAAUUCAAAUCCCUGGUUGACCUGAUGGCAGUGGACAUCCCCACCCAGCAGAACCAUUUUGAGAUUAUUUACAACCUGUUCUCUCUGCGCUUCAACUCCCGGAUCCCUGUGAAGACCUACACAGAUGAGCUGAUGUCCAUAGAGUCCACUGUCUCUGUGCACAAGGCAGCCAACUGGUAUGAGAGGGAAAUCUGUGACAUGUUUGGAGUCAUCUUUGCUAACCACCCUGACCUAAGAAGGAUCCUGACAGACUAUGGCUUCCAGGGACAUCCUUUCUGGGAAGACUUCCCCUUGUCUGGCUAUGUUGAGCUACACUAUGAUGAUAAGGUGAAGUGGGUGGUGGCUGAGCUGGUGGAGUUGGCCCAAGAGUUCCCCAAGUUUGACCUGAACAGCCCAUGGGAGGCUUUCCCUGCCUAUCUCCAGCCCCCUGAGUGUCUCAAGCUUGAAGCCGGAGAUGAGAAACCUGAAACCACAUAG